AUGGUAGAAACUAAGACAGUUCUCCUGAUUGGUCGCACCGGCCGAGGAAAAUCAGCUUUGGCUAAUGUAGUCACUAACACCAAUAACUUUAAAGAGAAUGAGAGAAGUAUAAGUGAAACAAAAGAAAUUCAAACGGAAAAAUUUAAGGAUAAUAAUGGUCUUAACUAUCUUGUCAUUGAUACUCCAGGUAUUGGCGAUACUCAACUGCCUACCGAAAAAAUAUUAGAUAUCAUUGCUGAAGCAGUCUAUUUAGUCAAAGAUGGUGUUAGCCAAGUUUUUUUUAUUACUAAUGGCCGAUUUGAACAAUAUGAAAUGGCUACUUAUAACUUGUUGAGAACAGUUAUUUUUGAUCAGGAUAUUACUAAACAUACCGCCGUAGUCCGCACUCGGUUUAAGGAUUUUAAAAACUCAAAGAAGUGUGAAAAUGAUAUUGCUUUAAUGAUUGAAAGGGGUGGUGAACUAGCAGAAAUAAUCAAGUCUUGCCAAGGCAGGGUUCUUCAUGUUGACAAUCCUCCAAUUUCCAUUGUUAGUGCUCAUAAUGAAAGUGAAAAGGAAAGGGAAAAUAGAGAAAAAAAAUUAGCCCUGCACAAAAAGUCAAGAGAUAAGUCUAAGGAGAAAAUUCUCGAUCACCUAAAAAAAACUUCUUCAGAGUCUUACCGCCCCCCCAAAUUGCAAGAGUUAAGCAAGGAAAUCGUUAGUUACAUGGAGAGCAAAAAAGAAUUAGAAAGAGAAUUAACAAAAAAAUUACAAGUAAAAAAAUUUAAGAGGCUGAAAGUUAAAAUAUGA